AGAAAAGCAGCUACUUAUAUACUCAACGACAUGACGGUCUGGAACAAAGUCAAGUCUAUAUUCCGGGUUCCUCCCAAUCACCGCCAAAAGAACAGCCCGCCGGGCUUCGAACCUCAACCCCAGACGUAUAAAGAGAAUAAUAUAAAACAGCAAAUUCGCAAUACCGACAGCGAUGAUGGCGAGGAUCUAUGCCGCAACCUGAGCGAAGUAGCCGCGCCGGAACCCGUUCAAAGACUCUCGCCGCAGGAGCAGGCGCGGCGACCAUCUCUGGAGCAACGACUGUCGGAUAUAUCGAGAUCAGGCCAUGAGGAGGACGAUGAGGUCUAUGAUCAUUUGAGUGAGCUUGCGGCGCCGGAGCCGGUUGAGAGGUUGUCGGAUAGCGCGUUGGCGAGGAGGCCGUCGCUUGAGCAGAGUUUUUCGUGGUCACGUUAGGGUUGAAAGGAGUUAUUUUAUUUAAUCGGUGUUUUAAUAUUAUAUUUUGAUACCAUUGCACUUUUAAUUUUUGGUGAAGUAGUUGAGUUGUUGCGGGCAUAGUUAGGGUUAUGAUAGCAUAACGAACCCGAUGUUCUACAGACC